AGCAGAUGGUGCUGUGCUAGGGAGUUGUGAGACUGGCUUCCUGUUUGAGAAUCAGAGUUGUUGAUGUAGUGUCCAGUUUGGGUCGUGCUGAGUACUGUAAUAGUUUGCAGACUCUACUCAGCCUGAAGACAAAGAAAAGAUCGAGCAGCAAGAAGCAACAGCAGCUAUGGGACGUGCAGAAAGAAUCCUCAGUUUUUAGAUUCAACCAUCCACAAUGAACAAGCAAAAAGAUCUGGAUCAGUUAUUCUCGGAGCUGCAGUCAUUCCUCAAGGUGUUGGACACGGAGAGUUUAAGCUGCGUCGCAGAGUCGAAGAAGGAGUCUGUGGCCGAGCUGCUUCAGGAGCUGAACGGGAGCCCGUGCACCGAGCAAUCCGGAUUCAUACCCGCUGAGGAUGCAGAUUACAUGUUCAUGAGCUGUGUUACCCUGACAGAGAAUCGCUUGGAGAUGCAGCUCCCCGCGAACGCAAAUGAGCCACGGAAUGUCCUGGAGAUCAUCGAAGACACAGAAGACAUUUCACCCUGCCCCCCACUAUCGGAUGAUUUUCAAACCAAAGUGGCACAGGCCGGCUCGUCUCCCUCCCCUCACCAAGCAAACGAGGUUCACCCUGACGACUCUUACGAGGAAGCAGAGCCUCUCAGUCCUCUGGCUCAGUGCACUGUGGAUUGUGUGGACUCAGACAGCAGUCACUAUGAAUCUUAUGGAGAAGAGGAAGUAUCUAGCAAUAACCAAACCGCCUCCCUGCGACGGCUGCCAACAGACUCUCUGACACGGCCACUGCCACAUUCCCGAAUCUGUGGCUUUCUGUGGCGGAAGAAAUGGCUGGGACAGUGGACUAAGCAGUUGUUUCUCAUCAGAGACCAAGUUCUGAUGUGUUAUAAGUGUAUGAAGGACCAGUAUCCCCUGAUGGAGCUCAGCCUGCAGGGAUCGCGUGUUGCGUACAAGUUCAAACGCAGUAAGAAGAUACAGCACGAGCUUAAGAUUACGACAGCGAGUAAUGAGACUUUGGUGCUUGGGCUGCAGAGUCGUGAGCAGACUGAGGACUGGCGGAAGGUUGUUGAGGAGGUGAGCAGCAACAUGCAUUCCCGAGCUUCACCAUGGAAUUCACCAACGAUGCCAGGGGCUGAGACUAAAUGUGCCUCAAGCAAGUCAAUGUUGAGGGGUAGUCGAGGCUCAGACUUGGAGAGAUCCACAGGUGAAAUGGUCACUGACAGCCCAGCCACCCGAGACACAGGUUAUCUGAAGGUGCUUGUGAACAGCCACUGGCAGACCCUGUGGUGUCACGUUGAGGACCGAGUGCUGCUGAUGUACAAAGAUGUCGGCAGGGCCGGGAGGUUGCACUACUCUGUGGACCUGCAAGGCUGCGAGGUCAGGACACAGGCAGACGCCGCACACAAGUACAGGCUCAUUGUCUCGCACCAGCACAAGGAUCUGGCAGUGCUGCAGACUAGCUCACCUGAGGACAGGGAUCGAUGGCUCAGCCUCCUGCAGGCACGAUGUGGAACAGACACAGAGUCAGCUCAUCUCUACGAAGAGACUGUCCUGCAGACUGGAACUGAGACAGAUCCAAGAGAUGGAAACCAAGUCAGUGGUUUGCUCCAACGAAGAAUCACUACUCCCAACACAUACAUGGAUGAUCCAUUUGGCCACGUGUCCAGCAUACAGACCACCCCAGAGGAUGGAGGCACCAGGGCCACACGGCAGACGCAGAGGGUCGAUUUGCCAAGCCAUGAAGUGGUGAACGGAGAGUGCACAGCGCUUCCAGAGAGGGACCAACACAGCAAUACAAACAACAAUAACACAGCAAGAUACAACACGCUACCAAGUGCAUUUCCUCAAAGCAGCUUUUUAAAAUCUUGGAGUGACUUUGAAAUCAAAACAUGUGGAGCUGAAAAGGAGCCUGUUAGAAACCAAGCCACGCAGACAGACAAGAAGGAUUUCAAAGAAGCAAUGGAUUCCGUGUCUGAGAGAAGGACAUUGCCAAGGCUGGAGGAGAAGAUCCGUCGCCUCGAGCAGGCAGUGUACCGAGCUAAAGAGAGGGUGAAGUCAGGCUCCGAACUUAACCUGCUCUCCCUCAGCAAGACCUUCAAGCGGGCAUCCUGUGGGCAAUCACUGGCGCUGUUUUCCUCAAACUCAGAAACCACGAACCCUGAGGUUCCGAUUGUGAGCCCAAUCCUAAGACGCACAGCCUCGGCCAAAAGCUGUCUGAGAAGGACCCCAUCUGUCACCGUAGUCGAAAAGGGCAGAGUGCUUCAGAAAACGAAGGAGUGGGAAAUGAAGUCGUCAGUCUAAUCAAACAUUAAAGAAGACGCAUGUCCUCAUCUAAGAACUGUCUCCAUGUGAAUAUGCCCUGUUUGGAGGGCACUGUAAAUAUUGGAAUCAGCAUGUUGAUCAUGCAAAAAAUACUGGAUUCGCUCUUGGUCUCUGACUCUUAAAGGAGGGUGACUCCCAUACUGAACCUGGUCUCCAUUACACUCUGCGAGCUACACCAAGGGUGACUUGUAAUAAGAUGCACAAGUAUGCCAGAAUCCAACUCUAAUCUCACUGGGGAGGUGGAAUCUCCAAAAGCCUAUUUUAUCAUCACUUUUGUUCCAGACGUCUGUCUAUACUUAUCAUGCAAGCUAACCUUAUAAGCACAACAUGGUGGCAAGUUUAUUUUCUAAAUCAGGUUUUUUUUUUACAUUUUCCCUCAGCCCCACCCCCACCCCCCACCUGCCGAGAUAGAUCACUCUCCGACCCAGCAGCAACAAGACCAUGGCAAUCACAGCUGUUACUAACCUUCAGGUCAAUUCUGGAGCCUCUUUGCCAAACGGGAGGUGACAAAUUGAUCAUUUAUUCAAUGCACAAAUUUCUAAAGCAUACAGUGCACAGUGGUGAUGCCGCCUGCACUAAGGGUUAACGCACUCUCCCAUCUCCAUCAUCCUCUGCCAAGGGGCUUUUUACUAAAUCUAAGCCUAUCUGGAAUUAACAGAAACAAGGCUGAGAUUCCCCAGGGUCGAGUUGGUGACGACCUGAUAUAAACAUGCCUGACAAACACUUACUUCCUUAACAGCUGUUGUGCGCUAACUGACAAAACAAAGCAGCAGAUAAUCCACAAUUCUGUCUUUCCAAUCUAUCCAUUAAUUGGUGCUGAGAUAGCUGAUUGCAGCCACAACAGCAGUAGAGGUGUUUACAGCCAGCUUUCGAGCCAGUGGGUGAGCAGUGAGCCAGGCUUCCCAAUCCUGAAUUCUAGUCAACGACCAGUACUGAAAUGGUCUCGGGGUCAGGUGAGCUCAAGGUUGCUUUGGAAGACAACUGCAAUCUGCAUAACCGAUUGACACUGGCUGCUUUCACUGCCACCAGGAGAUGGGAGUUUGGGGUGAGGUGCCAAAGAGUGUGCUGGUUACAGAUUGGUACCUGGCACAACUCAUUCAUUGCCUUUAGGACACCUGAGAGGGAGAAAAGGAACUGGUUUCAAAAAUAAUUAAAACACAUAUCAAUCAUAUUGGAGCAAAAUAACACUGUAUAAAUGUCACUGAGCAGCACCAAUACUAACAUGAAAUUAUCAGAUUUGUACACCAGAAUUUACUGAUUCUUG